AUGCCUGGAGAAGUAAUCGACAGACCCAACCCACAAGCUAUCGCUUCACAUAUUCCAGAUGAGGUGCUCAGCUUGUCCGUCAAGCUGCAGAAGAUGAGGCUCUCCGAUGAAGAUAUCCGGGGAUUGGAAGAGUUCCGUAGAGCGAGCAAUUAUAUUGCGGCUGCUAUGAUUUUCUUAAGUGACAACGCCUUUCUUGAAAGAGACCUCACUCACGACGACAUCAAGCCCAGAUUGCUAGGACAUUGGGGAACCUGCCCAGGUCUCACCCUUGUCUACGCUCACCUCAACUAUCUCACCCGCAAGAACGACCUCGAUCUAAUUUACGUCGUUGGUCCUGGCCAUGGAGCCCCGGCAAUCCUCGCCUCUCUCUGGCUCGAAGGCAGUUUGGCACGAUUUUACCCCCAAUACUCAAACACCAAACAAGGUCUCCACAACCUAAUCACAGGUUUCAGCACACCCCACGGCUUCCCCAGUCACAUCAAUGCCGAGACCCCCGGAGCCAUCCACGAAGGUGGCGAGCUGGGUUAUGCUCUCUCUGUUGCAUUCGGUGCUGUGAUGGAUAAACCAGACUUGGUUGUGGCGUGCAUUGUUGGUGACGGUGAGGCAGAAAGUGGUCCUACUGCUACAGCUUGGCAUGCGGCGAAGUAUAUUGACCCUGCUGAAUCUGGUGCCGUUAUUCCUAUCGUUCAUGUAAAUGGUUUUAAGAUCUCUGAACGUACCAUCUAUGGAUGCAUGGAUGAUAAGGAAAUGGUCACGUUGUUUACUGGUUAUGGUUAUCAAUGCAGAUUUGUUGAGGAUCUUGAGGAUAUCGACCGUGAUCUCGCUACCAGCAUGCAAUGGGCUCUUGAUGAAAUCAGGAAGAUCCAAAAAGCAGCUCGGUCUGGCAAGCCCAUUAUGAAGCCAAGAUGGCCGGUCCUUAUCAUGAGAACUCCCAAAGGGUGGAGCGGACCAAAAAUAGUAGACGGCGAAUUCGUCGAAGGGUCUUUCCACGCUCACCAAGUUCCUCUCAUGGCAGUCAAAUCCGACAAGGAGCAACUUGCAGACCUGCAAAAGUGGCUCUUAAGCUACGGCCCAGCAAAGCUCUUCACAGAAGCAGGAGCGCCCAUUGACUCAAUCAAAAGCAUUAUCCCAGUAGAAGACCACAAGAGGCUCGGCCAACGGGCUGAAACCUACAAGUGCUACGAACCCCUUAAUGUCCCCGACUGGAAGAAAUUCGGAGUUGAAAAGGGCACCGAACAAUCCUGCAUGAAAGCCAUUGGCGACCUAAUUGACCAAGCUUUGAUCAACAACCCGAAAUCCCUCCGCCUCUUCUCGCCCGACGAGUUGGUGAGUAACAAGCUCGAUGCAAUCUUCAACCACACGGGCCGCGACUUUCAAUGGGAUGAAUUCAGCAAUGCUCGCGGUGGCAGAGUGAUCGAGAUCCUGUCCGAGCAUACUUGCCAAGGUUUCCUCCAAGGCUACACUCUUACAGGUCGAACUGGAAUUUUCCCCAGUUACGAGUCUUUCCUAGGAAUAGUCCACACCAUGAUGGUACAAUACAGUAAAUUCAAUAAAAUGGCGCGCGAGACAACCUGGCGCACCGACAUCUCCUCCAUAAACUACAUCGAGACCAGCACCUGGACUCGCCAAGAACACAAUGGCUUCUCGCACCAGAACCCAAGCUUCAUCGGCGCGGUGCUGAAUCUUAAGCCAGAUGCCGCGAGAGUAUACCUCCCGCCUGACGCAAAUACCUUCCUCUCGACCAUCUCGCACUGCCUGCGCUCCAAAAACUACGUCAACCUAAUGGUCGGCUCCAAGCAACCCCAACCCGCCUUCCUGUCCGUCGAGGAAGCAGACGCACACUGUCGGGCCGGGGCCUCCAUCUGGAAAUUCUGCUCGACAGAUUCCGGUCUUCGGCCUGAUGUCGUGCUCGUGGGUAUUGGCUCGGAGCUUAUGUUUGAGGUUGUGGUGGCGGCGGCGAUUUUGAGAAGGAAGGCUCCCGGGUUGAGGGUUCGGGUGGUGAAUGUGACUGAUUUGAUGAUUCUCGAGGCCGAGAGUGGACACCCGCACAGUUUAUCCAAUCAGGAAUUCAGUGCGAUGUUUACAGCUGAUAGGCCUGUUCACUUCAACUAUCACGGCUAUAGCAACGAGAUCAAGGGGUUGCUGUUUGGACGGGAGAAUAUGGACAGGAUGAGUAUUGCUUGUUAUAAGGAGGAAGGUAGCACGACGACGCCGUUUGAUAUGAUGCUGCGUAACGACGUGAGCAGGUAUAAUGUCAUGGAGGCGGCUAUUAAGGGCGCAGCGAAACACAAUGAGGAUAUCAAGCUGGAGAUGAGUUCUAUGCUAGGGGAGAUUAGACACCAGAUUAUUAAGGUGCGGGAGUAUGUCAUGGCGACGGGGAAGGAUCCCGAUAGCACUUUUGAUAUUCCUAGGUUUGAGGGCACGGUGUUUGGGAAGGAGAAGAAGAGUGAGGGAGAGGGGAGUAAGGAGGAUGGGUUUUUUGUUAAUUAA